GAUACUUAAAGUACGUUUUGCUGAUAAUACUUAUGUUCUUUUACUUAGGUGGUGCAUUACAGUUAGAUUUUUUUUAAAUGCAGGACUAUACGAGUAUUUUUACAUUGAGGUUUUGCUACUUAACGUGAAAGAUGCCGUAUACUAAACUACAACCAAACGGGCGCUGGGGGGCAGCAGUGCACCAUGGGGGUAUUUAGUCUAAGUAGAAGAAGACAAACUAUGAGGUCGCAGCCCGGUGAUGCGUAGAGACUCAACAGUAUGGCUUCAGAGGUCAAAGAUGUAAGCUAACGGAAGGUAAAGCUGCGGGACAACAACAGUUUUGUUUUUUUUCCGCUUUUUGGUGUCACCUCGUUUCAAACAAAUAUCCGGCUGCGAUGGCCUCAGAGGAUGAAGUCAGUCUGCUGGUCAUCGUCGUGGAUGUCAAUCCGAUAUGGUGGGGGCAGCAAGCUCAACGCCAGCCAGAGUUCACCCUGUCCAAGUGUCUGGAUGCAGUCAUGGUGAUGGGGAACUCCCAUAUGGCCAUGACCAGGACAAACAAGCUGGCUGUCAUCGCAAGCCACUGUCAAGACAGUCACUUCCUGUAUCCCGGUAAGAACUGGAGAGCCGGGGACAGCGGUGGAGACGAUGCAUCCUCCAGCGGGGAUGGAAAAUAUGAACUCCUGUCAGUUGCCAACAACCUCAUUGCUGAAGAGAUCAGGAAUGUUAUGUCAAAAACUGAAGUGCGGGGAAAUUCAACAGAUACUCUGUUGGCUGGAUCCCUUGCCAAAGCUCUCUGCUAUAUUCACAGGGUCUCAAAAGAGCUGGAAGUUGGGCAGGAGAUGAAAUCAAGAAUACUGGUGAUAAAAGCAGCUGAGGACUGUGCCCUCCAGUACAUGAACUUCAUGAAUGUGAUUUUUGCUGCCCAAAAGCAGAACAUCCUGAUAGAUGCCUGUGUGUUGGACUCAGACUCGGGUCUCCUUCAGCAGGCUUCCGAUAUUACUGGAGGAUUGUACCUCAAGAUACCACAGAAAGUUGCCCUGGCACAGUACCUUUUAUGGGUGUUCCUGCCUGACUCGGAGCAGCGUUCACAGCUGGUGCUGCCGCCACCUGCACAUGUGGACUACAGAGCUGCAUGUUUCUGUCACCGUAACCUCAUUGAGAUUGGUUAUGUGUGCUCAGUUUGUCUGUCAAUAUUCUGCAACUUCAGUCCCAUCUGUACAACUUGCGAGACUGCCUUCAAAAUCCAACUACCACAGAUAGUGAAACCCAAGAAGAAGAAACUCAAGCAACCUACAUGAAAUUUGCUGGGAUUACACUCAUGUAGUUUCCUUUUUUCAUAUUCAGUUUAUACCAUUUUGUUCGGUAUAGAUUUGUAACAAGCUUCAGUCCUAGAGAUGCCUUUGAGACAGUAUGGUGAUAUGAAACGUGUUAACUUCACUGACAUUGACUGUCUUUACAUGUAAAUGGAGGCAUAUACUCAACUUAACUGUAGUCGAAAUAAUACUUGAUCAUUCCAGUCUCCGUCUCAAGAGUAUCAAGUUCACCCCGACCUGACAAAUAUUUCUUCUUUUGUAGAAAUAUUUGUUUCCCUCAAUAUUAUGAUGAAUAUUUAACAUGUAAAACAUGCAUUCGGCCCCCAUAUGUAACAUUUGUUCACAAGUCUAAUUUACAUGAUUGUUUUGUUUGUAUUGAUAGAAACAACUGGCACAAAACUUUUAGCAGUUGAUGAUGUUGGGUGAAGAUAAUUUACUCAGCUUACAUGUAAUUUGAGCUAAUGCUUUGGUGAAGAG